AUGGAAAGAAAACCAGAAUGGCUACAAAAACAUAUAUUUGGAAACGAGCUUAUUCCAUAUGGACAGGCACUGUUUGAAGAGCUUGAACCGGAAACUCAGGAAAGAGUCAUGCAAACAAUACGCGAAGACUCAAAUACAAACUAUGACAAAAUCUUUCUAGGAUAUAGGUUACCUGAGAUGGGCGACCAGAGCCAAAAGGCAAAAAGGACAUGGGAAAUUUGCAACAUACUAGAUGAACAUAAUGCAAAGAUGCAACAACUUCAAGCAGAGGGCAAUGAAGGAAAAAGAAGAGUUAAAAACUCAGUCAGGAAGAAAGUAAAGCUUGGUCGGAGUGGGUUCUAUUAUGACAUAUAA